AUGGCCAUUGAACUUCCCGAGCACGAAGGUGGGGAAGAAAAACUUAGAGCACUGCCAUGGUCAAUGCCCAAAAUCUUGAUCGACGGAGGUAGUUUUGUUGAAAUCUUGUUCUACGAAACAUUCAAACAGAUGGGACUUGUACCCUCUACCUAUAUCAUAUUUGGAUUCAAUGGCUCAUCCACCAUCCCAAGAGGAGAAGUAACUCUGGAGAUUCGUAUAGGAUCAAUCCUUACACUCACCACAUUCUACGUAGUGGACGUAAUUUCUCCAUACACUGCCAUCAUCGGGCUAUCCUGGAUCCAUGGGAUCAAAGGGGUUGCCUCGACGUACCAUCGGAAAAUAAGGUUUCAUACAACCGGUGGAAUCGCUAAAAUCCAAGGUGAUUCGGACGAAGCUAAAUAA